ACACAGCCUUAGUUCUGUCCGGGCGGUUGCAAUGCGAUGAUGAACGGUUUCAUCAUCAUCGGCGUCGUCUUAUCGUGUGUUUCGAUUCCCAAUUCGUGCUGUAGAGUAACGUCAUUCUUCCUCUGGAAGUAGUCCGUUUCGUAUCGAGGCGGAACGCCAUUGCUUAGCACCAUAGCUUGUCGGUUGUCUUGUUUUUGGAUUAUUCGUUUAUUAUCGACAACCGAGCAUUGAAAGUGAUUAAAUAUUCCGUUUAUGUUUAUGGAUAGUGAUAACAGCCGGCAGAACAGUGUUAUAAUUUACGUUUCGAUAGCCAUGUGCCGUUAAGCGACUGUGACAGAGUUAGAAGUUUGUUGCUGUUUCUUUGAUCCACUGUGCGUAUGCAGUUGGUAAACUAUCUUCGAUGACCUCAUCUGCCGUUAUCAGUGCUCGUUGAUCUCUGAUUGAUGUGUGUCUAGUGUUACAUAACCUCAAUAUAACCCAUACCAAAACAAACCAAAUCAAAGCCCUCCAAAGAAGGACGUCUCACAGCAAUGUCACACGGAGAGACGGAGGAAACCCGGGUUCGAUACCGGCGAACGCAAAGCGUCACCCGGGCCGAAGAAAUCACCCAACAGGAAAGCAAACAGCGAAAAAAACAACCAGACAAACCAUGCCACCGGCCCCGGGAUUCGCUGUUCUCGUGGAGUUCGGGCUUCGACAAUUUUACCGGGCUGGUCAAUUGGGGCUUUCUGCUGCUCACGAUGGGAGGCUUUCGGCUAGUGUUGGAAAAUUUUAUCAAAUACGGCAUCCGGGUCGAUCCGGUCCAGUGGUUCGUGGUUCUGACCGGGAGGAACGAGGGCGAAGGGCACCCGUCCCUGCUGCUGAUAGCUUAUUCCGUGGUUCCGAUUGUGAUAUGUUUGGUGGUCGAGAAAGGCAUGGCCGCGGAAAUCCUGAUGGAAACGGCCGGAAUGGUUGUGCACAUAAUCAACAUCUUGGUCCUGGUCCUGAUUCCGAUGGUGGUUAUCCACGUGAAAGGUCCGACGUUCAGUUUAGUUGGCGCCAUGACCGUAUGCUUCAUCUACUGUAUCCUGUUCCUGAAGCUUUGGAGUUACGUCCAAGUGAAUGUGUGGUGCCGAAAUCAGUACAAACAACGUCGUAGCCGAUCCGGUCGUCGUCAAAGUAUCUCGAUAGCGCAGCUACAGCAUGAGCACGAGAGCGAGCGCAACGGGAAUGGCAAUGGCGUCUCACCCUGUCCAGAUGAGAAGGAUAAAUCCGUACCGGAUCUGGUACACUAUCCGGACAAUCUUCAUCUACAGGAUUUGUUCUACUUCCUGUUGGCACCGACCCUGUGCUAUGAGUUGAACUUCCCCCGCAUGUCCCGGAUCCGGAAACGAUUCCUCAUCAAACGACUACUGGAGGUUGUCAUCGGGGUGCACAUCGUGAUGGGCCUCUUCCAACAGUGGAUGAUUCCGUCCGUCCGGAAUUCGCUGGUUCCUUUUUCCAACAUGGACUUAACAAAAACCACCGAACGUUUGCUUAAACUGGCGAUUCCAAACCAUUUAAUGUGGCUGUGUUUCUUCUACUUAACUUUCCAUUCGUUCUUGAAUCUCAUGGGUGAACUUUUACGGUUUGCCGAUCGGAACUUCUACAGCGACUGGUGGAAUGCCAACAACAUCGACACCUUCUGGAGAACCUGGAACAUGCCAGUUCAUAAAUGGUGCGUGCGACAUCUCUACAUCCCGGUAGUAGAUCUCGGCUACUCCAAAAUGGCGGCAUCAGUGAUCGUGUUCUUCAUCAGUGCCUUCUUCCACGAGUACCUGGUCAGCGUGCCACUGAAGACGUUCAAAAUCUGGGCCUUUAUGGGCAUGAUGGCACAAAUUCCGCUUUCGUACGUGUCCAAAUUUAUGGAAUCAUACUACGGACCCCGGUGGGGCAACAUGGUCGUGUGGGCUUCCAUCAUUCUCGGGCAGCCGCUGGCAAUUAUGAUGUACUAUCACGACUAUGUGAUUACGAACUACAACGACGUGCUGUUGUCCUAAAUGACCUAUAUGAACAAUUCUUACACGAGAAGCGCAAUCAUCGGAUUCGAAAAAAAGGAAAAAGGCCUGGAACAAUCACAUAUCCUGGAACGCCAUACAUCACAUGUUAUGAUAUGCAUUUGAUAGAUUUGAUAGUUUUUUUUCUACACGUUUA